AUGCCUGGCAAAUCUCAAGAAAGUAAAGACGACUCUAUCCCGCCGCCUCUCGACCCUUUCCCCACCUACCAGACACCCUUCCCUCGAUCACACAGGGACGAUGCCAAUCCCUUUAUCCAGUUCCGUCGAUUUGCAGAUGAGCAAUUCUCAUCCUUUUUCCAAGGCGUUCCUCGUCUCUUUGGAUUUCAAAGCAGCAGACACUUCGAGGAUAUGGUGCGCGAAAGACAGGAACGGGACGAGGGGUGGCGCAAGCAGGUUGAACAGGAGAUGGAGGAAUGGAGACAGAAUCGUGAAGAGCUCAUGCAGAGAUUGACACAGAGGCUAGAGAACAACAUUCCCGACCGCAUUGAGCAGAUGAGACAGCAUCGCGAACGCACGAGACAUAUAGGGGACUUCGGCGAGGACACCACACAGCCCUUGCCACAGAUAACACCAUGGUCGGCUCGAGAGGCGGCCUCCAGAUGUCCGGUGACCAAUGACAGUCAAUACCUACAUGGCAAAUCCAAGUGCCAUGCAUGGCGUAAAAGAAAGGAGCAAGCAACGACGGAGUUGGAUGCUUACGAAGCCCUGGAGAAUGGCAACGAUGCAUCCGGGAGACAGUCAAAGUCGUGGUUCUCGUCAUUUGGCUGGGACGGAAAAAGGACGGAGCAAGCAAGGGAUGAAGGUGACGAAAAAUUUACUCCUCUCCAACGCGAGGAACGGCCGUCCAAGCCUGUUACCCACAAUCUGUUCUCUAUCAAGUUUAUGGAUCCCUUCGUUGACACAGGUGCCACCAUACCCUGGCUCAUGUUGAACAAGUAUUCACCACUCUACCUUUGCAACCCUUCUCAGCCGAGAAUGUAUGAGGUACAAAUCCACGAUGCCGAGGAUAAGCCAUUCCGAAUCUCAAGCCCGAAAUUCUUUGAGCCAGCGCCACGCAAUCGCGAUCUUGAUGAGAAGCUGGCAAGACAGCUGCCCUGGGCUGAUGCGUUUGAAGACCUUAUCAGCCUUGAACAAACCGGCAAAAUGGUGGAUAGAGACUACUCUACUUGGCGGACUCCGAGUACUUGGAUUCAUGACAUCGUCCAUAGAGGGAGCUUAGGCCCUCGCUGGGCAUUCAAUCAGGACGGAAUGCUGGUUAAGCGUUCAAUUGACGGUGGGAAUCGUGCUAAACAGCAAGGGCAAGAGUACUCUUGGCCGGAUGGGCUGGUAGAAGAGUCACGGCUUCUCUUGGGACGCAAAGUGAGCGACUUCCUCGACGAAAUGGGCGACAAUAUGACAAGAACGCUUGCAACGUCGCCCAUGUUUAGCAGUGUUGUGGCGGCCGCAAAUGCGAUCGUGGCAGCUGCUGAAGAAGCACAGAGAGACUUUGAGAACGUGACACCGGCAAUUGCGGACGAGCGAGAAGGACCCAAAGAGACGCAAGACGUCGAGGUCGCUUCUAAGCAAGCGCUGUCCACAGAGUUCUCCCAUGCCUUCGAAAGCACGUUCUCGUCGUCCAAUGAUGAAGGAAGCAUUGGAAAGCGGAUUGUGGCCACAACAACGUCUAUCAGUCAACGCAUGCUGCCGGACGGCUCCGUCGAGUCCAAACGCAUUUUCAAGCGACGGUUCGCUGACGGCACCGUAGAGUCCGAAGAAAGUGUUGACGUGACCAAUAGCUCAGCCGCAGAGCCUAGUUUACACUACGGUACUGCCCACGCGAAUGAACAGGUUGAGCCUGAAGCAGUUCCUGCACCUUCAGGUCGUCCGGAUGGUGGCGAUGGUUUUCGUGAGCCGCACUCUCCAUGGCACGACUCCACCCCAGUAUCAGAAACCCAAGCAGAAGACACUGUCGACCGGCCACCGCAAGAACGAAGGGAGAAGUCCUCCAAGCCAUCCAGAGGAGGUGGUUGGUUUUGGACAUGA